AUGACCAUGGGAGGAGGUGGAGUUUCAGCUGAAGGAGCCGACGUGCAUUCUGAGUCAAUGGAAAAUGAUCAGACAUGUGGGCCUGCUGGCAUGCACACCGGCGGCAGUGCUUCAUUACACGGGAACGCAGACAUAAACGAGAAGCCCAAGGUGAUCGAUUCUAGCGCACAGAGUGCCGCCACAUUGGCAAUGUGUUCUCCGUUGGAACGGAUAGAACGGAUUCUUGAGCUGAAGAAAAUCAUUGAUCGUGCGAAACCCACUCAGGACGACGGCCAACAGGCUGGUGACUCGGGAGCGGCAGUGACGCCGCUGUCAGGUGUGCGAGAGGAUGUGGUUGAAGCGCUUACUAUUCUUGAUCGAGUCGAUAUGACUCGAGAGCUUCUUGCAAAGACACGAAUCGGUGUUUCAGUGGGGAAGUUGCGAACUCAUCCUGAUGUGCAGAUUCGAUCCAGGUGCACGCAGCUGGUUCAUAAGUGGAAGGCAGGUAUAAGCGGGAGCUGUUCCACCAAGGACAGUGGGACACUAUCCCGACCGGGACAAAAUGGCAGCGGCCAAGGAAAGUCCCAUACAGGAACAUCGGCGAACGACAAGGCCACUGACAAGAAACAUGGGUUAUCAUCACAGCCAUCAGUACAGGGGAAUGGAGUGCAAGGAGUACCAGGUGACAAAGCGCCAGAAAAAAUCUCUACCUCAGCGGAGGAUUAUCCUGGGCCGGCGUCAGGUGAUGCUGUGCGGGAUCGAGCCCGAGGCUUCUUAUGGCGUGCACUUGUCGACGGCAUGCAGUCAGGAAGAGACCUUGGAGCUGAUCGAUCUGGCGAAACAGCGCGUGUAGCAGCAGAGAUAGAGAAGGCGUUGUGGCAGGAAUACUGUGUCAAGAGAAAGAGUACAAAGGAAUACAACAUGCAACUGAAGACACUGAAGUGGAACUUUGCAGAUCAAAAGAACCCUGACUUGAAUCUCAAAGUCCUCUGUGGUGUAUAUACACCAGAACAGCUAGCGACUAUGAACUCCGCGGACCUGGCCUCUGACGAGAAGAAGCGUAUGCGUGAGCUGCAGAAGAAAGAAAGCAUGGAAGCAUGCCAGUCAGACUGGGAAAUGAAAAAACUAAUGGAAGGCGGUACGGAUGGUGGUCAGUUCCCGUGCUUUAAAUGUAGGACAACAAAAACCGUGUAUUUUCAGAUGCAGACACGGUCAUCAGAUGAGCCGAUGACAACAUUUGUCACGUGCUUGGAGUGUGGAAACCGCUGGAAGUUCUGA